AUGAAUCUCUACGAAUUGAAUCUCGGCUAUGCGGCUCUGUUGACGGCCGGUGGAUUGAUUGGUUUUAUCUCUAAAGGCUCACUCCCGUCCCUAGCGGCUGGCGCCGGAAGUGGACUUCUUGUGGCCGGAUUCACGAUGUACAACUGGCCCUAUAAGACGCUCGCUAUCACUUUGAUCUCCGGCGGACUUGCCUACACGAUGGGCAAUAAAUUCCUCGCCACUAACAAAUUCAUGCCGGCCGGCCUUAUCGCGGCCACGAGUGCCCUCACCUGCAUUGCCCAGACCGUCCGCUGGUACCAGACCGGAAGCCUGCAC